GUACACUGCAUUCAAGGCUGCCGCAUUUACACGUAAAGUUCGUGUUCACAAACAGCUGCGGUUUCUUCCUUCUGAGUCCAUUCAACCUGUGCGUAUGGAUGAUGUUUUUGACACGGCGAAGAGUUUCAAAUCAAUGGAAUUGGAACUGGCGGACCUUGAAUGGCAAAGAAACGUUAGAACAAUUGCUUUGAGCGGUGAACGUGAAGGCAUUUAUGCGGGAUUUGAAAGCCAACUACAGAAGGUUUUUGAUAAGGGAUUAUGCGCAGGAUUCGAUGCUGUUAAGGAACUUUCUGAGUUGCGUGGUCGACUUAUGGCAGUAAACGGUCAGCUAUGUGACAGGACCGUCGACUUAGGUCCUAUCUCAGAAAUUAAUGGACUCGAACGCGAGAUCAUCACUGAAGUUUCUCGUCAUCCAACGCGAAGCGACAAUGACCGUGAGGCAGACCCCAUGAGAGCCCUUAAUAUGAAAACGCUCAAUCUUAUUGAAAAAGUUGAUUAA